AUGGAUCUAAACCCUUCCGACGACACGUCGACUGGAGUUUCCCUCCGGCUUCAGCUCGAAGAGCUAGAUAGCUUUCAGCACAGCCGUACAGAGGACCGCCCCUCGGAUUUGAGCGUUGCUAUAGAUCUGUACCGGGACGAUGUGGAAACUCGGCUUCAGGAGCUGCGUAUAGACACCGAUGCUUCAGCCAGACCCUCUGGCCAGCCAAAUCUAGUGCCCGGGCUGUCCGGAAUGCUCCAAAGCCUGUCGUAUGGUGAGCUUUUGCGGUUCGAAGCUGAGAAUCUGCCACGGCUGCUCAGAAGCCUACGCAUGACGGCAACACAGCUUCGGGCUGACGUUGACCGGCCAGCAACCGAUCAAGCACCAAAUAGCACCAGCUGCGUCUCGUGUACCGAUGAUAUCAAUGUGGAUGCCAUCCCGGUUUCUUGUGGCCAUCGGUACUGCCUCGGAUGUCUCCAGAGGCUGUUCGAGCUGGCCACUUCAGAUGUAUCCCAGUUUCCACCGCAAUGUUGUGGCCAGGCCAUUACCCUCGAUAGUAAGACUCGAACUGCACUCGGCCCAGAAAUAAUUAACCGGUAUCUGGAAAAGAAGUUGGAGUCCGAGACUCCUAACCGCACAUACUGCCACGAACCGCAAUGCCAGACAUUUAUUCCACCAGCAGCUGGUAAUGACGAGCAGCUUGGCGUAGCCACAUGUUCUGUCUGCCACCGGAAAACCUGCACGCGGUGCAAGAAGCCUGCACACGGAAAUUCUGCCUGUCCGACUGACCGUGCGGACGAGCAGGUUCUCACUAUUGCCCAGGAAGAGCACUGGCAACGUUGCCCAUCGUGUCGACGUAUUAUCGAGCGUAAUCAAGGUUGCAACGAAAUCAGUAAGUGGUAG